CACAAUCACAAGCAAACUUAGCAAUGGACAAGCAGAGUGCCAUCGCGCUGGGCGUGACUGCCGGACUGGGCGUUGGCUACCUCUUGGGUAAGGCUCAACCUCGCGCCAGGACGGUGAAGAAGCCCAUCGAAGAUCUCGAUGAGGUAGAGCGUCUCAUCCGACCCAACAUCCUGGAACUGACCCCCUACCGCUGCGCCCGCGAUGACUACGACCAAGGUAUUCUGCUGGAUGCCAACGAGAACAGCCUGGGACCACCUCUGCAAGGCCACGAGCAGCUCCAAGCAAUGGAACUGGAGCGCUACCCGUGUCCGUACCAGCCUGAGCUGAAGAAGGUCAUCACCGACUUCAGAAACCAGAACCCGACCGAGAAGAUCAGCCAGGCGAAUACGUUCCUGGGCGUUGGAAGCGACGAGGCCAUCGACCUGAUCAUCCGCGUGGCAUGCACGCCUCGUGUGGACAACAUCAUGAUCACACCGCCUACCUACGGCAUGUACAGUGUGUGUGCUAACAUCCACGACGUUGGGAUUGUCUCCGUGCCACUGCAAAUUGAGGCCCCGUCCGAGAACCUGAAGGGACUGAAGCCGGAUCUCUCGUUUCCAGCUUUCCACAUUGACCCACAGGAGGUUCUAAACGCUGCCACCACGGCCACGAAGGUGAUCUUCCUGUGCAGUCCAGGCAACCCUACGGCCAAUGUGCUGCGCCUACAGGACGUGGAGACAAUUUUGAACUCGAAGAAAUACAAUGGAUUUGUGGUAGUUGAUGAAGCCUACAUCGACUUCGCUGACACUCCCAGCCUGUGUUCACUCGUGAACAAGCACAGGAGGCUUAUUGUGCUACAGACCCUCUCGAAGGGCUUUGGACUUGCUGGUAUCCGUCUGGGUGUUGCUUUCGGUGACCCGAAGCUUAUUCAAGUACUCAACAACGUGAAGGCGCCGUACAACAUCAGCAAACUGACGUCUGAUGUCGCGCGCAAGGCCUUUUCAAACUUGGAUGAGCUGCGCAAGAAUGUGAAGCUUAUCAAGGAGGAGAAACACCGGGUGGUCAAGGAGUUGCAAAAAUUGUCUUUCGUGCGUCGCAUCUACGCGUCCGACUCCAACUUUGUGCUUUUCGAGAUCCCGCAUGCGCUGACUGUGUAUCGGCAAAUGGCUGGCCGUGGCGUUGUAAUUCGCUACCGUGGCAACCAGCACUUGCUCACUGACUGCCUUCGUGCUACGAUCGGAUCUCGCGAGGAGAACGACCGCAUGCUUGAACUACUUGUGGAAGUAUCGGGUGAACAGUAGAGAAUGGAACACACAGUUCAGUUUGCUGUUCUUAGCCAUUCAAUGCGAAGCUUAGGUAUAUCCGAGUGCGCUCUGCUACUACCAUGGGGCGGUAAACUCAAAUCAUGAUGAGCUAUGUUGGAGGUGCUACGAUAGAUUCUGCUUAACUGGGUCCUCCGAUAACCCGACUUACACUGAUAAAAACAAAAUUUGUUGGU